UCACCCUCAUAGGCUCAGAUUGCCAAUAAAUUUUUCGCAUUACAAAAACCAAAACCAAAAACCCCUUAAAUGCACAUAACAUUCACAACACUCUUCUCUCAACGCCGAACCCCCUUUCAUUUCUAGCCUACUUCUUCAAUCCCUAAUAUUCAUUCAUAUUUCACAACCACUCCUCGUUUUGCACCCUUAUCUCCAUCUGUACCAGAACCCGUUUUUGAUCGCACCCCAACUCCUCUCACCCCUAAUUUUUAAUGCCUACGCAUUUCUGUGUUUGCCCACUACGCUUUUGAUUCGCCUCCACACUUCAACUGUGUUGGGAUUUUCCCUUUUCCAUUAGGGUUUUAAUCAUCUAAACUAUUCUCGUAUUGUAUAACAGAGCAACUUUUUUUUUUUUUGAUUCAUUUGGGUGUUUGUGUUUUUUUGGGGGGGAUUUGUUUGGUAGCUGGUGGGCACUCUGAAAUUGUGUGUUUUAAUCUGUUUGUGUUAUUUUUGGGUAAUACCCAGGAUUGGUUUAGUGAAACUUCACAGUUUUUUCUUUUUUUUUAUAUAUAAAUUUUUUGGAACUCCUGAGGGUGCAAAGUCCUAUCUUGUCUUGUUUGUUGUGCUGGGGUAAAAAUUCCCCAUCAUACGUUUGAGGGAAAGCACUGUGACAAUAGCUACUGCUGCAAGCUUUUUGUGUGAUGCUUUGUUAGUUUGAAUAUUGGUUGUUGGGGUUAUCUAGAAGGAGCUGUGUUGGUGGGGGCGGUGUCUUGGCUUGGGUUGGUUGGUGUACUUGGGAGGGUUGAAACAUAGGCUUGCAUGGGAGAACAUGAGGGGUGGGCACAGCCACCAAGUGGGCUAUUGCCAAAUGGGUUGUUGCCCAAUGAAGGUGCCUCUGUGAUACAGGCGCUUGAUUCGGAGCGGUGGUUGAAGGCUGAACAGAGGACUGCAGAGCUGAUUGCCUGUAUUCAGCCUAAUCCACCCUCUGAGGAGCGCCGCAAUGCAGUUGCAGACUAUGUCCAGCGGCUGAUCAUGAAGUGCUUCCCUUGUCAGGUUGGUGUGUUUACCUUUGGGUCGGUACCCCUAAAAACUUAUUUGCCAGAUGGAGAUAUUGACUUAACAGCGUUCAGUGAGAAUCAAAAUCUGAAGGAUACAUGGGCACAUCAGGUUCGUGACAUGCUGGAGAAUGAGGAGAAGAAUGAGAAUGCAGAGUUUCAUGUCAAAGAGGUUCAGUACAUCCAGGCUGAAGUGAAAAUUAUAAAGUGUCUUGUUGAGAAUAUCGUAGUAGACAUUUCAUUUAACCAGCUUGGAGGGUUGUGUACCCUUUGUUUCCUUGAGGAGGUUGAUAAUCUGAUUAACCAAAAUCAUUUAUUCAAGCGUAGCAUUAUACUGAUAAAAGCUUGGUGUUACUAUGAGAGCCGUAUACUUGGUGCCCACCACGGACUUAUCUCAACUUAUGCUUUAGAAACCUUGGUUCUUUACAUAUUUCAUGUUUUCAACAAUUCCUUUGCUGGACCACUUGAGGUAUUGUAUCGAUUUUUGGAGUUUUUUAGUAAGUUUGACUGGGACCAUUUCUGUGUAAGUUUAUGGGGUCCAGUAUCCAUUAGUUCACUCCCAGAUGUAUCAGCUGAACCUCCUCGAAAAGAUGGUGGAGAUUUACUGCUCAGCAAGUUAUUUCUCGAUGCCUGUAGCUCAGUUUAUGCUGUUUUCCCUGGUGGCCAAGAAAAUCAGGGGCAACCCUUUGUUUCCAAGCAUUUCAAUGUUAUUGAUCCUUUGCGUGUCAACAAUAACCUUGGUCGUAGUGUCAGUAAAGGUAAUUUCUUUAGGAUACGCAGUGCCUUUGCAUAUGGAGCAAAACGGCUGGCUAGAUUACUUGAUUGUCCAGAGGAGGAAUUGUCUUUUGAGGUCAAUCAAUUCUUUUGGAACACUUGGGACAGACAUGGAAGUGGGCAACGACCUGAUGCUCCAAGCAAUGACCUAUGGCGUUUGAGGUUAUCUAGUCAUGACCAAUUACAGAGAUCUGAGAAUCUCCAGAACAAUAACCACAAAAUUGAUAAUGCCUCCAACUGUGAAUUUAAUAUGGAAGGGGAACAUGUUCCACGAAGUGGUUUAUCUCAGUAUAGCAAUUUAUCAUCUGAAAACUCAUAUAAAAGUGUUGUUUCCACAGUGUCACAUUCUCAGAGUCAAAAGAGUUAUGGAAACCAAAAUAAUUCAAGAAAAUUUGAUCAUGUACGAAGGGAAACUAAUUCUAAUCAAGGUGCUUAUGUUGAUAAAGGUCAGAGAAAUGUUAAAGCUGAUAACCUAGCGAGUGAUAUUCAGGGGAGAUUUCUAUUUGCCAGGACACGAUCUAGCCCAGAGCUGACUGACUCAUAUGGUGAAGUAUCCUCCCAAGGAAGGCGUACAAACGCAACAGAAAGUAGCAAAGCCCAUAAUUCCAUUGCAAAGUUGGAGAAUAGUCAUAGGAAGGACCUUGAACCUGAUGUAGCUGCAAGAGUUGAUGAGUCAUCUGCUAGGCACAUCUCAUCUCGCCAAGUUCUUGAUAGUGCUGCUGAUUUAAACAGUAAUCACGAUGAUUCAGGCUCAGGUGUGAUGGGAGAAGAAUUUGCUUCUGUUCCUGGAGCAGGUGGAAUGCAGAUGAUGCAUCAGGAGGAGCAGGACCUUUUGAAUAUGAUGGCUUCUCCCGUAGCUCAGGGUUUCAGUGGUCAGGCACAUGUUCCAGUUAAUAUAGCUCCAGGUCACCUACCAUUUCCCUUUCCACCAUCCAUUGUUGCAUCAAUGGGAUAUGCUCAGAGAAAUAUGGGUAGCAUUCCCUUUAUUGAGGCUCCUUGGGCUACAAAUAUGCAAUUUCCUCAAGGUUUUGUCCCUUCACCGUUGACUCCAUAUUUCCCUGGCAUAGGAUUGACCUCAAACCCUCAAGAUUUACUUGAAACCAACAAUGAGAAUUUCAGCUCUGUUGAAAUGAACAUAGCCGAAGCUGAUAAUGAUUUCUGGCAUGACCAUGAAAGGGGUUCUGCCAGUGAGGUUGAAGUUGAUAAUGGAAAUUUUGAAAUGCUUCCAGAUGAUAAACAACAGUCUACUUCAGGUAAUUUUAACUCUGCCCCAUUGUCUCGGGUAGGCAGCUCCAGAAGUUCUUCAAGAGGUCAGCCAAAGUUUACUAAAGAAAACCGAGGGUCAACAAGAGAAGAGCAUAUUGAUAAUUUUCAUUAUCAAGAUGAUCAGAGAAAUGACAUUUAUUUUGAUGAUAGAACAGCAAAUUCUGAGUUGCCCAGUGCACCUCCUUCGGGCUCCUUCAGGAGUAGGACCGCUUCUGAAAGCUCUUGGGAAGGAUCAUUAGCCAAAUCCUCGAAAUCAACAAAGGAAAAAAGGGGGAGGAAAAAUACUCCUUCAAUGCCAUCUCCUGUUUAUGGAAAGGGUAAGAAUACCUCAGAAAUUUCAUCAAGUCAAGCAGAUGAUGAAAACAGAGAGUGGACUGCUUUGUCGACUAUGCCAUCUGAUAUGGCUGAAAGAAGCACUGGACCCACACCUGGUACUUCCAUGCAUAUUCCUAGGAAUCAAAUAUCUGGUUAUGAAACUGCUCAGACAAGUGGAUCAGACUCUCCAUUACCCAUAGCUCCUGUGCUUUUAGGUCCUGGUUCUCGCCAAAGAACAACUGAUAAUUCUGGGGUUGUUCCAUUUGCGUUCUAUCCAACCGGGCCACCAGUUCCGUUUGUUACAAUGCUUCCUUUAUAUAAUUUUCCAACUGAGUCUUCUGACACAUCGACAAGCAACUUCAAUGUGGAAGAAGGGGCAGAUAACAGUGAUUCAGGUCAGAAUUUUAAUUCAUCUGAGGGAUAUGAACAGCCUGUGGUGUCAAGCCCUUCUAAUUCUAUGACAAGGGCAAGUAUUGAGUCAUCAGAGCACAAGCCUGACAUUCUUAAUAGUGACUUUGUUAGUCACUGGCAAAAUUUGCAAUAUGGCCGAUUUUGUCAAAACUCACGUCAUCCGCCUUCAAUGGUCUAUCCUUCACCUGUUAUGGUGCCUCCUGUUUAUUUGCAGGGUCGAUAUCCUUGGGAUGGUCCUGGAAGACCACUUUCUGCUAAGAUGAAUAUUUUCAGUCAGCUUAUGAGUUAUGGGCCACGUCUGGUUCCUGUUGCUCCUCUCCAAUCGGUUUCUAAUAGACCUGCAAAUAUUUACCAACGCUAUGUAGAUGAUAUGCCACGGUAUCGAAGUGGGACUGGAACCUACCUUCCAAAUCCGAAGGUUACUGUUCGGGAUAGACAUUCCACAAAUACGAGAAGAGGAAAUUACCACUAUGAUAGAAAUGACCAUCAUGGUGAUAGAGAAGGAAACUGGAAUACAAACUCAAAGUUGCGAGGAACUGGGCGUGGCCAUAACCGCAACCAAACAGAGAAGCCCAGCUCAAAACCAGAGCGGGCAACUAGUGAGAGCCGAGUUGAGAGACAUUGGGGUUCACAUAGACAUGAAUCUUUCCUUUCUCACCAGAAUGGUCCAGUCCGCUCAAAUUCCACACAGAGCAAUCCUGCCAAUGUAGCUUAUGGAAUGUACCCUAUUCCAGCCAUGAACCCCAGUGCGGUCUCAUCGAAUGGACCUUCAAUUCCAUCUGUAGUAAUGUUGUAUCCUUAUGAUCACAAUGCUGGCUACAGUUCACCAGCAGAGCAGCUUGAGUUUGGUUCUUUGGGACCAAUGGGUUUCUCGGGUGUCAAUGAACUGUCACAGUCGAAUGAGGGAAGUCGAUCCGGUGUAGCACUUGAAGAGCAAAGGUUUCAUGGUGUCCCUGCCCAACGAUCAUCACCAGAUCAACCCUCUUCACCCCAUGUUUCAAGGGCCCCCUGAUUCUUCUGUCAGAUCAGUGGCCAGGAGGAAUUAACAACUGAAAGGGGAGGAUCUUACUCCUUUUUCAUAUCAGGACUGGGCAGGGCAUGCAAGUGGAGAAUGCUAUAUAACUUGAAACCUGUCCAUUUCAAGGCUUUGUAUUGUUGUUUUAAAAAGAAAGAAUGUAGGCCCCUUGUGGCGGCUUGUGCAUGUACACUCACAGGUUAUUAACCAACUUUGGUUAAGUUUGUCUUUCCAAGACCGUGUUUUUAGGAUGAAGACAGUGGUGACAAAGAGGAUGCAGGACCAGGACUCUCCUCACAGUCUACCAAAAGGAAAAGGGAUGGAAGACUUUGUGGUUAGAUUUUUAUUGAAGGUUUAGACACAUUUGUAACUCAAUCAAAGUAGAAAACUGGCUUAGGUUCAGAAUUUAGAAAUUUUACCAUGUUAUAGAUUUGUCAGCUUCUCUAUUAUACGAUGUUGUAGGGUACUUGUUUUAGAACAUGCAGGAGAUCUUUGUUGAACUUUUGAACAUUGUUUUAGUUUAGCAAUAAAAUUGUUAUAAGAUAGUAUCAGAUGUCAUUUG